CUAAAGUUAACUUGCAAUUAAGAUGGGUCAGAAUAUUUGUCGAUGCGUUAAAGCUGAUCGCGGGGACGAUUGUAGGAGCGUGUACGGAGAGCUCCAAAGUACCCCUACAGGAUCGACCGUGAAUUCGCGAGAUUGUUUACCUCCACCAGUUGGAUCAACUGAUGGAGACGGAUCUGCUAGAAGAGAUGGAGUUAAGAAAGGGAGAUUUUGGAAGUGGAUGAAAGGGCGAAAAAAAGGUCAGAAUGCUAAUGAAGUAGCCGUUGUACCCGCUGACAACAUUGCCGAAGGUGAUAUUUCAGAACGGCAGGUCAGUGUCGAGGUCUGCGUAGAUCAGGAAACGCAUGUCAGUGAACCUGAUGGGGAUGGAAGCGGUAAGAGAGAUGAAGUGAAAAAGAAGAAGAAGAGGUUUUGGAAGUGGAAAAAAGGCCGGAAAGCACAUCAAAGUGCAACAGAAGUAGCUGUUGUCUCCUCUGACAACAUUACCAAAGAUGAGAUUUCAGUACAGCAGGUCAAUGUAGGGGUCCUACCAUCUCUAGACUGCUCUGUGUCCAACUCCAGUGAGGGGAGCUUCCACACACCGGCACUUUCUCUGGCUGACUUGCUUGUCAACGAUCGUCAAUCUCCAGUCCGCUCUGUGUCUGACUCGAGCGAGGACAACUUCUACACACCAGCCCUUUCUCUGGCUGACUUGCUUGUCGGCAUCCCCCAGUCCCUGGUGCGGCCCGUGUCCGACCCGAGUGUUGACAGCAUCCAGAUUCCGUUUCAGUCAGGGUCCAAUUUAAGUGAUGUCUCCCAACCUUCAGUCAGUUCGAGGAUGUUGUUCGAGUUUGAUGACCAGUGUGUUCUGGACGCUAAGAAUGUAGAAGUAAACUUCUUCCAGUAUAAAAUCGGUGAAAUGUUGGGGGAAGGAGGUUAUGGAGCUGUUUAUGAAGGGACCCGUGUGAAAGAUGGCUUGAAGGUGGCAGUGAAAUAUGUCAAAAAGUCUGUGGACACGGAUUAUAUCAGGAUUCCCUGUCAUCCUGAACCUCUUCCACGGGAGAUCGCUCUUCUGAUCCUCGCGACUACCGGAACCCCAGUUCCUGAAAUCAUCCAACUUCUGGACUGGGAGGACAAAUCUGACCACUAUGUCAUGAUCCAAGAGUGUCCUUCUCCAUGCCUGGAUUUGCAUUCCUUUGUUUGUAGCAAAGGAGGCAAAGUCAGAGAGGCUUUGGCACAGAUUAUCAUAUGGCAGGCAACCAUAGCUGCAUCUGUAUGCUGCGAACGUGGCGUUUUCCACCGGGAUAUAAAACUGAAUAAUUUACUAAUUAACACAGACACGCUAGAUGUAAAGCUCAUCGACUUUGGGUGUGGAGAUCUUUGGAAGAAAUCGAAAUACAAGAUAUUCCAAGGCACAGUGGAGUACUGCUGCCCUGAAUUCUACGAGAAGUUCGAGUACCACGCAGAGCCAGCGACAGUGUGGUCACUUGGGGUGACGUUGUUUGCGAUGUUGUGCGGGUUCUUUCCUGGCUUCCAGACCCUGGACAAGAUUAAACAGAAUCGAUGGUCUAGAAGUGGCUUGUCCAAAGAAUGCUGCAACUUGAUCCAGUCAUGUCUGCAGGAGGAUCCAAACCGACGCAUUCGUCUGAAAGAUAUUCUUCUCCACGAAUGGUUUGAGGAUUUUUUAGUGCGGUACUAAUACGGGGGAUUGAUGAAGCAUUGGAGCAUCCGAGCAUGCAUGGCCCCUCCCCUAUCACUAGAGGGACUGGAAUCAGAUGUCUGCUCAAUCACAAGCUCAGGGUUGUAAGCUCUCACGCACACGCUUUCAAGCUCUCUCACGCUCUCUUACACUCUCACUCUUCCCAACUGAAUGAAUGUCACGCCAAAUAACGGCGGAGAGUAACAUGAAUGGAAGGAAGAUCACUGCGUGUGAUUGCGACGUGCUUCAGUGAAUUAUGUUUAAUUAACAAAUUUCGAGACGAGCACGAGCAGAUAAUCCACCCAUGCAUCUGACUCCGACGAUUCCUUGCAGCUCCCUCCUCCGGGGGAUCGAGCUCAGGAAGAAGUGGAUGUCUGAAUGUCAGCCAUGCUUUCCCGGGCCACCGGGAGCAUUGGGUUGCAUUGCACCACACUGCAUCUUCCAGUGCUCGUGGCCGAAUACAUGGUGCCCCGGGGUUGAGCGCGGCUCCAAGCCGCAGCCGUCCCCAGUGCCAUGUUUCCCGGAACUGCAUGAGGAACUCAGUAAGACCUGGAAACACUGCCUUUUUCAGUGCGUGCACGUCAAACUAGUUCUGUCACCCUUCCGUUCCUCGAUGGUGGGGCAGCUAGAGGAUACGUUAAUGUCCCCCAGGUGGAACGUGCCGUCUCGGUGCACCGCAGACGACUGCCACCUGGGGGGUCGAACUAUACUCCUGUCCAAAGCAUGUAGGUUUUUGGUAUCUCUGAUGUCGAGAGCUUACACUGCUGAGGGCCAAGCUGCCCCCUCUCUCCACGCUAUGGCCAUUCUACAGGUCCUUUGCAGCAUCGGGGGUGACUUACUGGCAUCUGACUUCGACAAUUCCUUGCAGCUCCCUCCUCCGGGGAAUCGAGCUCAGGAAGAAGGGGAUGUCGGAAUGUCAUCCAUGCUUUCCCGGGCCGGCGCGAGCAUUGGGUUGCAGUACACUACACUGCCUCUCCCAGUGCUCGCAGCCGAAUACAUGGUGCCUCGGGGUUGACCGCGGCUC